AUGGUCUUCAAUGAGAGAACCAUCCCGACCUUUCAGCAAUCAGUACCUCAAGUCGCUCUAGCAUAUCCCUGGUUUCUUCGACAAAUAUUGGCAUUUUCAGGCUAUCACCUCGCUCACCUCCAUCCCGAAAAGAGACAGACCUACCUCCUCCAAGCAUCAAAACAUCAGAAUGCUUCUCUCCGCGGACUCAGAGAAGCGAUCUCCGAACCAGUCACUUCAUCAAACUGCCACGCCUUAUACGCCAGCACGACCUUCAUAGUAGUCAACAAAUUUGCGGCAUUUCCGAACUGCGACGACUUUCGAAGUCACGGGUGCUCCCAACCUGUUCAGAGUCUCAUGGAGAUCUUUUCUCUCGUCAACGGCAUGGAGGCUGUUCUUCAUUCACCAGGGGCCGCAGAUCUCAGAAACGGUCCUCUGAAAGAGCUUUUCUGCGAGACGCCACAUCCGCACGUAAACAGCUACCUUCUUCGCGGUCUUCACGCCAGGUUACCCGAGCUUGCACGCCGGAUAGCAUCAGACUCGAUGGAAGAUCAGUCCAGAGCCGUCCUGACUUCCGCCGUCGUAUCCAUCACCGGUUGCGUCGAUGACGCGUUUUCAAGCCUGUACAAAGUCUCGCCGCCAGAACUGAGGGUCAUCUUCUCGUGGCCCAUGUCUGUACCGCGAGAUUUCUUGGACCUUGCUGUGUCGGGACAUCCUUUGGCUCUUAUUAUUUUGGCGUACUACGAUAUUCUACUGUACUGGGGCGAAACGGAGUAUUGGUUCUUUGAGAACUGGGCAGAGACGUUGAUUACUGCUAUUGUGGAAAAGGUCAAGGGUUCACCAUGGGAUGAUCUUCUCAAUUGGCCAGUUGAAGUCAUUCUACAUCAUUGA